UAUCAUAAAAUGGUCCUAAAUUGGCAAAUGGUGGGAGCGAUGGUGCUGCCAAACAUCGGCGGCUGGGCGGGCGCACUCUCUAUGAUAGGCGAGGUCACCUCUGCGGACGGCAACGCAUGGUACGAGCGGCUCAGGAAACCCACCUGGACACCACCCAACUGGGUGUUCGGUCCAACCUGGGUGAUAUUGUAUACCGCUAUGGGAUACGCGUCUUACUUGAUAUACGAAGACUGUGGAGGAUUUACUGAUGAGGCGGUCAUCCCUCUAGGACUCUACGGGGUACAGUUGCUGCUCAAUUGGUUCUGGACACCAGUGUUCUUUAAACUACACCAAAUGGGAUGGGCUUUCCUUCAGAUGUGCAUACUCGAUGGGGUGACUAUGGCGUGCAUAGCCAGUUUCUUUGACAUAAACAAAAUGGCCGCUGCAUACAUGGUGCCUUACCUGGGCUGGCUCGCCUUCGCCUCCUGUCUCAACUACUCCUUCUGGAUGAUGAACAGAGAAGACAUAGAGAAGAUGCCUUUGAAAUAGAGAAUAUGUUUAGAGUCAAAGUUUAUAACAUUAAAACAUUGACCUCUUAUA